AAUAGAAACAAAUCGUUUGAGCCUGAAGUGAACCGGUAACAUUAUAAAUAUCGGUAAAUUUAUAAACUAUCUAUUUUAAAAAUGGAUGAAGAUUUGGAAAUUCUAGAAAAUGCACUCUUCAAUCUUCAAGCUCCCGAUGUAGAAAGAAGCAAUUAUGAAAGCCUUUACAAGUACUGGGGAAAAUUUGGAAAUCAAGAAGAGAGACGAAUGCGACUUUUGGAAAUUCAAAGAGGCAAUAGAAAUAACAAAAUAGAUAAAUUCCGGGGCAUCUUGGAUCUCGUCGAAUCCGGUGAGGAUAGUAAAUUAUUCAAACCAUACAAGAAGGCUCCAUACAAGCCAAAUGUAAAUGUUGCUGGAUUCAAUAAGACCGGCCUUACAUACAGCAAUGUUCUUAUGCUGUCAGAAUGGAUGAUUGAAAAGCCAAGAGAUUUUAGUACGAAUUGGUAUGUGGUGCCUUGUCCAAAAGGCAUGCGGCUGCUCGUUGUUGCAAAUCAUGGAACAACAAAAUUCUAUUCAAAGUAUGGUUACUUUAAAUUUGAGCUUCACACUGGGUUGCCAGGAGGAAAUCCACACAAUUGUUACCGCAAAAAUAGUUGUGUAUUGGACUGUUUCUUCCAUGAAGAGACAAACACUAUGUAUUUAUUGGAUUUGCUUGCCUGGAAUAAUCAGCCAAUGACUGAUGGAGAGACUGAAUUCCGUCAUUAUUGGAUGAAAACUCAGCUAGAAGACUUUCCGGAUACACAAACAAUCAAUAAGAAAAACAAGGUUAUCAUAAAAAUACUCCCCAAGCUGCCAUGCUCAAAUCAUUUCCUCAGCUAUUUACUAAGUGCAUAUCCCCAAUUCGAGAAUAACUCUCCAAAACUAGAUGGCUUGCUGUUCUAUCACAAGAAGGCGCACUAUGUUGCUGGCGAGACUCCUUUAGUUGGUUGGUUGUAUCCUUUCAUGAUACCUGAAGUUCUUGGUGAAGAUAUAAUAAUACAUCCAGAGUAUGUCGACGAAACUCCAGAAGAUUAUGUGAAUCAAGCUGAUUUUAUUCAGAAGUUUGAAGAUGAGAAAUCAAAGAAAAACAAAUUAAGAAGCAAUAAUAAAAACAUGAAUAAGGAUACAGAUUCAAACAAGUCAAACAAGACUGAGAAAAUUACUACUACAAAUGAAACCGUUACCGCUACUAUGGAAGACGAAGAAAUCAGUGAGAAAGAAAAGUGUGACACAGAAAAAGAAGUAAAUGAAUUUGAAAUGAAAUAAAUAUUCAAUACAUAGAUGUUAAUUACAUAUGAUUAUUGUUGAUUGUAGUGUGUAGUUACUUAUAUCUAAUUAAAAGUUACUUGACAUUCUAUUAAAAAUUGUAUACAUUAUAAAAUGUAAUUAAUGUUGUCUACUCUGUGCAAAUACACAUGGUCGGAUUUAAUUGUUUAGCAGGCAUUGCAACAACAGAUAAGUUGAAUAGAGUAUUUGAACCAUAAGAAAAACGUUUUUAUUGAUUUGAGUUCAUUAAUGGUCUCCUAAAUCAGGUCCUGCAAAUAAUUACAUUAUGUAUGAUGAAAAUGUAAGUGAUUCCUAUUAAAUAUGUUGAUUUUAAUGAAUGCUAAACAUGUAUGAAAAAUGCUCACGUAUACCACAUGCUAUACAUAAAGAGGUCCGAUUGUUAGGAAAUAUAUAUUUGGUAUAAUGCUUAUGUAAUGUUAAUCAUUUAGGAAUAAAAUAAAUAUUAAACGAA